CCCAAGUAUUCCUCACCCAUCGUCCGCGCCGAAUCAGCACAGCACGACUCUGUCGACUCUCGCAUGGCUCGGAUCAAUCCCUAAACCCGUUCAGCUGUCCCACGCAGCGCAUUUUAUCGCCCUUGCCCGACCCUCGGACGCAUACAUCGUCUCUGCAUCUUCCUACCUUUCUCAUGCCUGUAGCGACCUCAGCCCCGACUGCCUCUCCGCGUCCGUCCACCUUGGCCAAGAUGGAGGACAGGAAGAGACCCCCCAUCAGCACCGCCGAGGACCUCGCUCCUCCAAGCAAGCGACAUCAAUCCGUCAAUGGAAGCAAGUCCAAGGGCGAUAGUGGCGACCAUGCCGAGGAACACUGGAUCGAGAAUUACCAAAAGGGCGCCAUUUAUCGGCAACUUUUAGAAACAAAAAGGGAAAAGCAAGAGUUUGAGACACGCGUCGAGCAAUUGCAAAAAAAUAUCGUAUAUCGCGAGGAUCAUAUCCGCAUCAUUGAAGCAUGGUGGAAACAGGUUCUAGAGGAGAUGGAGCAGCUCGUGGACCCUGCAACACCACCCUCCGGCCCAACAAACCCUCCCUACAUUACCAGCACGCACUUUAAAGAUAACGACGAGUUCCAAAGGCAUCUUGACGAGGCAGCCUCUGAUAUUAAGAAGCGAGCCGAAGCUGUGCUCAAUCGCAUCGCAAACGCCAGGGGAGAAAUUACGCCAAAUAUUGCUGACCUCGAGACUCGGGUCAACAGCCUGCUUGCGCAGCAAAAGGAGUAUCUGGUCAAGUUGGACCGUGCACAGCAAGAGAAUGAGCAGCUAUCGGAAGACCUCAACAAGGCUAGCCUUCGCUUCUUCAAGGCCGAGAAGCGCAUGGACAGAUUAAAGAGCGCGCAAGUCCAGAAGCUCGAGCAGCAGUUCAUCGCCAGCGCCAAGCCGACAAUCGCCGCGGGGGAGAACGGACAGGAUGCCGCCGAGGCAAACGGUAAUGCUGCCGAGGCACUGCUCAAGUUUGAAGAGGCGUCGGCGGUCGUCAAUAAGCAGAAGGAGCAGCUGGAAUCUGCGCAAGCCGAUAUCAAGACCCUACAAGAGGAGAACUCGGCGCUAAAGGCACGACGCGAAGGCCUCACCGACGAAGAUUUCAUCCGGACCGACGUGUUCAAGCAGUUCAAAAACCAAAACGAAGACUUGAUCAAGCGCGUCAACCACUUGGAGGCCACGAACAAGCAGUUGCGAGAAGAGGCCGAAAAGCUGCACUCGGAGCGAACGGCCUUCCGAACCAAGCUUCACGACGAGGCGCAGACGAUAACAUCGGACCUGGAGCGCCAAGUCGAGGAGCGCGACGCAGACCUCACACGGAUCCGCGCCGCCCGAGACGAGUGGUACGCCAAGGCCAACAUGCUAGAAACCAGAGAAAAGGAGGAGAAGCAGGCGCUGCAGCACCUCAAGGAGCUCACGGGUGCCCAGGAGGACAGAAUUGCAUCCUUGGAAUUGGAGCUGCAGCGUCUGAAGCCCGAAGACCAGCCGAUGGCGGACCCCGAUCCCGAAUUGGAGAGCAUGCCCGCGGAUGAACUUAUUUCAAAGUACAAGAAGCUGCAGCAAGAUUUCGAGUCGAUCAACAAGGAGCUGCCCGCUCUCCAGCAGGCGUACAAGCGAUCGAUGGGUCUCGCACAAAAGAAGGUGAUGGAGUACACGGUUCUCGAGGACCGCGCAGCAGCCGCACUCGCCGAGAAGCAAAAGGUCGACCAAAAGUACUUUGCGGUGAAGAAGGAUGCCGACAUGAGAGACCGCGAACUUGGCGUGCUCCGAAGCCAAAACCGCAAGAGUUCCGAGAUUGUUGCGCAGCUCAAGGAGGUGGAGGCGCAAAACCGGAUACUCAUUAGCAACCUGGAGAAGCAGCUCUCGGACCUGAAGCAGGCCAACGCGGCAAUGGCUGCAGAGCACAAGAAGAUGGAGUCGAGCAGUUCCGACGCGGCGCGCCGGGUCGAUUCCUACAAGAACCAGAUUGGUGAGUUGACCAGCUUGGUCAAGUCGCGCGACGCGGCCAUGGCUGCGGCCAGGGAACGCACCACAACCCAGGAGGCGGACGUUGAGCGCCUCAAAGUCCGUGCCGACAUGAUGCAAAAGGAAAAGGAUGAAUGGAAACGCAAGGCGUUGAGCAACUCGUCGGAAGAAGAAGAGAUGCUUAGAACCUUUGCACUUUGCACAGUGUGCCGCAACAACUUCAAAGAUACGGCCUUGAAGACAUGUGGGCAUCUUUUCUGUCACCAGUGCGUAGAUGACCGGAUCAGCAACCGAAUGCGCAAGUGCCCCAAUUGCUCGAGGGCCUUUGACCGGCUGGACGUCAUGUCUGUUCACCACUAGCCGCUCGUGUGCGGCUUACUACCCGACUCGGCUCACGUGUCGGCUACUGUUUUGAUAUGCUUCAAAGACGUUUGCGCAGCUUGGAGUUUGCUUCCGUGGCAGGGGAUUUCAUGGUAUGAUACCUUUAAGACGCUCGCGAUUGGAAAUGAUGGAUCGUUGUACUUUUACGUGUAUGGAAGACGGCCUGGACCUCGAAAAAUGUACAUAAUGUCGUGUCCCCCACCCCCCUUUGGGGCUGAUCACAAACUAGUUAGUUGUAGGAGGCGGGCGAGAGGAACAUGUACGAGACCACGUGGAGGACAGGAUAGACCUAGAGU